UACUUUUAUUUAUUUGUCUUUAGUUACAUAAAGUUGCAAGAUUUCUUUACUUUGUUUAUGCAAUGGCACUUCCUCUCAGACUUUACGACCUGUUCACCUGUUCAAUUAGAUAGCUUAGAACAAUAGCCACUUCCUUUCUUGUAGUCAGAACAUCAGACACUUCCUUUCUUGUAGUCUUAUUGUAGUCACCUAGUAGCCCCAGAUUCAAUUUAUUGUCCCCCAUUUCCUCCCAUAAAUUAUAGUGUAGAACCUAUGUAAAGAGAUAGUUUGACUAGAGAAGUAGAGUUGACAGAGGUAGAGCAAGAGAGCAGGUCGUAUUAAGAGGAGUAGAGCUGAGAAGGAGAAGAAUAUAUUGAAUAAACUGAAUAUAGAGAACAUUUGUGUGUUAGAGUCUACUUUGAGCUGCGAGAUCCCCAGACUUCUGACAACCUCUGACAAGUGAACUACAUCAACAGUAUUUGCUAAACUUCUAACCCUGAUACUGGCGGAGAACCAAAAGGGCAAAAAUAUGGCCACCAGAAGAUCCCCCAGAGCCCAGGAAGAGGAGCCAACCCGUGAGGCAGAAAGGCCAGGGCCAUCUGCAGUAAAUGUAAGUAGCAGAGCACCACCAACACCACCUCCUCCACCACCACCACCACCAUCACAAGCAGCAGAGGGACCAAGGCAACCAGGACAUCAGGUUAUUUUAUCCCUCCCACAACACCUCUCUCCAUUUCCUUUCCGAGGAGAUGAGAGUGAAAAUGCAGAGGAAUGGAUGGGCAGAUAUGAAGAGUACUGCCAGGUAAUGCAGUAUAACCUGCAAAUGAAACUGUCUCAUUUUGCUUAUUUAUUAAUGGAUAAUGCCAAGACCUGGUAUUCAACUUUGGAUGGUGAUACCAAAGCUGACUUUGAAGCCUUAAAAAGGCAAUUUUUGACAAGGUAUGGACCUAGCCCAGCCACCAUAAGAACAAGGACAGCAAAAUUGUUUUCAUGUCAGCAAGGAAAUACAAAAAUCAGAGACUACCUAGCAAAAAUGACAAAAAUGGGAAGAGAAGUCGGAUUGCCGGAGCAACACAUAGUUGCAGCUGUUGUGAAUGGACUUGAUCCUUCUAUAAGGACAGCCAUAAUCAUGAAAAACCCCCAAAACUUGAGAGACUUGCAGGAGGCUGCCACUCUGGCAGACGCUGCCUCUGCAUGCAGCCCAAGUCAGGAGCCAGCACCAACAGUGGCCCAGACUGAAGUUGUGAACAUGGCCAGUGUCAUGUCACAGUUUGCGGAAAUGCACAAGGAUAUAAUGAGCCAGUUGAGCCAGCUGGUCACUAAGUGUGCAAGUGUUCAAGCUGUAACAACCAAUACUAAUGAUAGAAAAGUUUCUUUUCAGGCAAGGGAGGACAACCGUAGUCAAUUUAGGCAAAGAAGUAGAGAAAGGAGCAGAGAGAGAGAAAGUGAGAAGCGCAAGUGCAAUACGUGUGUGACCCAAACAGGAGACAUCAACCUCAUACUCAUUAUCCUGAUGAUGUUAGCUACUGUGCCUGUUACCCUAGCAGAUAGAGCCCUUAUGAAUUACGGGCUGAUGUUGCAUGAUAAGGGAACUGUUAGGAUUGUAAGCGACUAUUGGCUGCAUUCAAUGACGAUCCACAUACCUGACAUUCCGUCAGAGUCAGCGUAUGACCUAGACUGUGAAGGGCGUGUGGACGACAAAACAUGUGUAUUAGUGGAAAGGGCCAUUUCAGAAGGAAAAAGGCUCUACAGUCAGACUGCUGCAGAGUUGAGAGCCCUCCACCACAAAGUUGACAUGACUUUCAAGACCCCUAGUCGCCAAUUGAGUAGAGAAAAGCGUUCAGUUCUUCCAUUUGUGGGUAACAUAGCGAAAUCUUUGUUCGGAGUUGCAACCGAAAGCCAAGUCAACAAGGUUAUCGAUCAUAUGAAUAUCUUGCAAGCAAGACAACAAAAAGCCCUAACAACCUUCUCUAAAUUUUCACGCCAGUUUGGUUCGAUAUUCCAUCACCAAAAUCUGAGAUUAACAAAUAUAGUUAAGGAAAUAGCGGCUAACCACCAUUUAGGUGUUAUGAUAGGUGGAGACCUGAAACUAGUGGAAAAUGAAAUGGAGUUCAAUUUUAAGUUGAUCACUAAACUGAUGCACCUAAGUACAGUUACUGCUAAACUUAACCAAGAGAUAAGUAGCACAGUUAUAGGACUAAACGACUUAACACAUGGCAAGCUUUCACCAGUACUAUUCCCUCCCCAAGUUUUGGCUAGCACACUAAAACAUAUUCAGACAGCCCUGCAACAACAUGGAAAGCAUUAUUCUAUUCAACAGGACAUGCAAUACUAUUACCAAUAUGCAAAAUUUGCUACUAACAAAAUGAAUGAUUCCAUUAUCGUUACACUCAAAAUUCCCAUUUUUGCACCUCAUAACAGUUUCCAAGUGUUCGAAACCGAAGUCUUUAAAAUACCGUUCAAUGCAACAAGUAACCAUUCCUCGCUUCUAACCAAUAUUCCAGAAUAUUUUGGGAAGUCUUCCUCGGCCAAGGCACCGAUAACUUUUAGCAGAGAUUUUCUUGAUGAGUGUACGGGAAACAAAAUAAGAUUAUGUGAAGCUACCAAAUUAAAACCAGCGGUUAAUUAUGAUUGUAUUCAGGCCAUUCUAGAAGAAAAUAAACCCAAAGUUAAGGAAAUAUGUCAUUUUAAAUUCCUUCCCAAUAGUGCAUCCCCAUCAGUUAAGCGUCUGGGAAAGGAUCACAUCAUUAUCAGUAAAAUUUACAAUCUCACUUUUGAAUGUGCAACAAACACCACAGUUACAGGGUGCGAUUUUUGCAUUAUGACUGUGCCUUGCUCAUGCACUAUUAAGCAUUCAACCUUUUUUCUGCCACCCCAAGAGAUUUGCGAAACAUCCAGUGACGUAGAAGUGUUACACCCCAUAAACUUAGCAGUAAUUCAACAUUUUUUCGAUAGCCAAAAUUUUUCUCACCUUUUAAGCCAUUCAUCAUUCUCUACUCCCCCAAUUGUGGACAUCCCCACAAUAAAAUUAUUUGCACAUAAUUUUUCAAAGUUUGUUAAUCAGGAUUCGGAAAUACAAAUGGAUCUCAAAGAGGCAAUGAAGGCUGCCAAAAAGGGAGAAACAAUCUUUCAAUCGCUCACCGAACCACUAUUAUCUGGAGACUUACAAUUACCCAAACCUGAUAUGGCUCUGAAAGAAAUAGUUGCAUAUGUAGCCUUAGGUUUAGCUUGUUUAGGCAUACUUUUCACCUUUUCUUUGGCAUACAAACUAAAAAUCUUGGGAACUACUAUGCUAACAAUAGGGCAAGCAAGGGCAACGCCUGCCCCUAUCUUUGUCUACAAGCUCACCACCACAACUCAACCUGAAACUACAAAAUUCGACAUGUAUGAAAUCCUGACUGCUGAGAUUACACCCACUGUGUAUUUUAUGGCCACUUUGAUGCUAGUGCUGUCCAUAAUUCUAUGGAGACGAUGCAGAAAUAGAAAGUUGAAAAACUGUUUGGCAAUCGAAGUAUCAAACCAGCAAAUGAGUGAAAUAAUUCCACUGACAAAAAUCCAAUCUAGUCCGAAUGAAAUUACUGUUAGGGGAGCUCCAUUAGUUAAAGAUAUAACACUAGUCAAAGGACUCCGUCCCAAGAUAAUCAUUCAAUGGGGAGAUGAUGUCCUAGUACAAACCUGCCAUGCAAAACCAAGUUCUGACAUCCAAUUGCCUGUCACUGUUUACUUACCACUGUGGAACUAUCUAAAGCUAAAAAGAUUAACCAAAGUACCGUUUGAUGUAUAUUUAGUGGUGAUACACCACAAAAGAUUAGUCUACCUAUAAUAGCCAUAUUGCGCAAAGAAAAAGAAUACAUAUGCAAAACAAUAAGAAAGACUUGUUCACUUGCGUGUGAAAGUAGAUAUGAAUGUAAGAAUUAUUUACCAAUAAUGAGACAAAUAAUCAUAUUGCACUGUUUACUAUAUAAUUGAAAAAAUAAAGAGUUGUCAUAGGUAUUGAAACAUAAGGUUUAAUAAUUAGAAUAAUAAAUAUAUGUUUGACAAUAUAUGAUAUUAUUAAAUAUGUAUGGUGUUGGGAUAUAAGGUAUUAUGUAUAGAGUUAUAAUCAUAUAUAUUCGACAAGAUGUGGUACAACAUCAAAGCAUGAAGGGCAUUAGAAUAAAAUAAUGACCUAAUUAAAUAUUAAACCUAAUUAAAGUAUAUGUAACUAAAUAUAUGUGUAAUAUGGGUGAACACUGAAUUAAACAUGAGUUAGGUAUCAUGUUAUAAUGUAUUUUGUUAAUUUAUUAGUACCAUAACAUUUAUCAAUAGCCUUUUAUAUAGUCAUAGUUUUAAUUGUAUAUUUACUAGCUUGCGAUUUUAAGUAACCAACAUGUCCAAUGUGACCAUAAUUAUAACCUGUAAGUUAGCAAGAUUUCUUUGUAGAUGUGUAUGUAGUGUCUGCAUACAUAUUAAUGGUACAUUUAUUUAGAUUUAGAUAAAGCACUUGUGGGUAUAUAAAUAUAUUUGUAUAAGUUCAAACCAUAUAUUUGUGUACA